CUUCCGGUGUUAAAAUCAAGCGCGCUGUGUUUAAUUUUCGGCGUAUUUUCACUUUGAUGAUAGUUUUUUUAGAAAUUAAAAACGACUUCAACAUCAGCUCGAAAACAAAGAGGUUCUUAAAUGUGUUUUGAAUAUUUGUCGUUUUAGUAUACUGGUUUUUUGUGCGCUUUAGCUAGCAUUAGCUUCGUUAGUGAACGGAUAGCCAACUCAAGUUAUAAACGUUCCUGUAGAAAACUUAGUUCUUGAAGGGUUGUAAUUUUUAAACGUCUGCACAUGAAUCUGGAUUAAGCUGGUUUUUGGAGCUUUGUACAAAUGGAAGGUGACAUAAUGGAGGUGGCACCCAUACAGAGCAUCCACGUAGAGGUCCACGUUAAAUCUUUGAGCACAGCUAAACUCUCUGAGGUGAAGAUGCACAUCCAGGCACUGCUGAAUCGCCACAGUAUGGUGUUUGGAAACUACAGAUGGACUGAAUUUGAUGAUGAAUUUCUUUAUAAGCACGUGGAAUCUGUGGCCAUUGUUGAUUUUGAGGAAAUAAUUACACAGCCCCUGGAUUUAAAGAACUGUGACGUCUCCAUUCACAUUUUCACCCUGAACGAGGAAGGGCCCAGCAUGCUCAGUUUGGAGGAGGAUGAGGAACUCUCUGCUGCUAAUCAUUGGCUGCUGCCAGCAGCUGAGUUCCAUGGGAUCUGGGAAAGCCUUGUAUACGAAACAGGAGUGAAAACCAGGCUCCUCGAUUACGUCACAACAACCAUUUACUUCUCAGAUAAAAACGUCGAUAGCAACCUGAUUUCCUGGAACCGGGUUGUGCUUCUCCAUGGACCUCCAGGCACAGGGAAAACAUCGCUCUGCAAAGCUCUUGCCCAGAAACUGUCAAUCAGGCUGUCAAGUCGGUAUUCCUAUGGCCAAUUUGUGGAGAUAAACAGUCACAGUUUGUUCUCGAAAUGGUUCUCAGAGAGCGGUAAGCUGGUCACAAAGAUGUUUCAGAAAAUCCAACAACUGAUCGACGACAAAGAGGCUCUUGUGUUUGUUUUGAUCGAUGAGGUGGAGAGUCUGACAGCAGCCAGGACCGCCUGUCAGGCAGGAACGGAGCCAUCUGAUGCCAUCCGAGUGGUCAACUCCGUUCUCACGCAGCUGGAUCAGAUCAAACGGCAUCCAAAUGUGGUCAUCCUAACGACCUCCAACGUGACAGAGAAGAUUGACUUGGCGUUUGUGGACAGAGCCGACAUCAAACAAUACAUCGGACCUCCGUCAGAGAAGGGCAUCUAUAACAUCUAUCUGUCUUGUUUGGAGGAGUUGAUGAAGUGCCAGAUCAUCUACCCCAGGCAGCAGCUUUUCACCAUGUUCGAGCUGGAAACCAUGGGCUUCACUCAGACCGAGAUGGCUGAGUACAGUCUGAAACUGAAGAACAUUGCUGCAAAAAGCAAAGGUCUGAGUGGAAGGGCGCUCAGGAAAUUACCCUUUCUAGCCCACGCCCUCUUUGUGAAGACACCAACAGUAACUCUUGAAAGGUUCCUGGAGGCGAUGUGCCGAACAGUGGAUAAACAGAAGGAGGAGAAGGAUGAUCUAAUCAAUAGUGUUUAAAACCAUCCAUGUCUAAGAGCUGAAACAUGAAUCUUCAAAAGCUGUCCAUCUUUUGUUUUGUUUUUUUAAAUCUUUGGUUCAGUUGGCUAUGCAUCAUUUAAUCUGUCAUCUAAUAUAUUCCCAACCAAUCCCAUUUGUCUCUUAAUUCUACUUAUUAUUGUAACGUUGCGCUAACAUCCUAAAGUAAAGUGUACAAGCACAGGACUUGCCAUAUGAGAUGUUCUUCCAUCCAUGUUUUGCUUUGUUCCACUCCCACUGUUGGAUGUUUUUUUUAACGGUAAAAGAUAGCUUUAACCUUAACAGCCCUAGCCGUUGAUUUGUGCUUAAAGCUGGAGCUCAGACUGUCCUGCUGCUGUCAUAAAGUUAUUCAUCCUGUUGCUAAGGUGGAACUAGGCAUGGGGCAGUAGAUUGUUUUUUUUUUUUUUUUCAUUUAAAUGCAAAUGUUUGGAGAAACAGCCCUGCAGCUGAUACAAUGUGACAUCUUAAGACUCUGUGUUUUGUUUGUGCAUUUAGAUUUAUAUCCAAAUACAUUUUGGGUGGAGUUCUUUCUGCCCAUUUAAAUACUAAUGUUCAACAAGAAGUGGGGGAGGGGUUACAUUACUCUAUGCUUGAUACAGCUGGAGAAAGUUGCAAUCAGUUUGACAUAUCAAUAAAAGUUUGAGCUGUAGUAAGGAUGUGAUUAGAAAUAUUGAUUUUAAAACCCAUUUUUAAAAAGCUCUGUAACCGGCUCAUGACAGGGUAAGGUUCUCAUUUAGCAGUUACUUGUUGGAUAUCAAACACAGUGUUCAUGAUUAAAUUUGUCAUGGAGGGGUCAGUUUGUUUUUUGUUCUGUUUACUCCAUUGAUGUCACUGAGCUGGCUGCUGUCAUAUUUAUGCAUAGCAUCCCUUUACCUAGAAUAACCAUUUUACCCAAGUUAUGUUUGCUUAAUAACUACUAAUGGAUUGUAUUUUAAUUGUUUUCCUUAGGAUGUAUCUUCUUCAUAAGAAGUGUGUUUUGCUGUUUUGUAUUCAAGUUGUCUCUGAAAUAUCUCAAUGUUUGACACAUUUUUUUAUUUUUC